CCAUUCAAGCGCCAAAGCCCUCGGGAUAGGGACGGCACGGGACCGCGUGACGAACCUGUUCUCCUCCUCGCAGCGGCCGAACGAACGAACGAACGAACGAGAGAUCGACGAACCCUCCUCGUCCAAUCCCGAUCCGGCCGGCCGGAGAGAUCGACGACGACCUCGCUCACGAUCGAGACACCAUCACUCUGCCUGCGCCCUGAUGAGUUUGCCAGCAUCGGACAGCGACUCCUUGGCCUCGCGGCGGUCCAAGAAACCCAAGUAUUCUAAGUUUACCCAGCAGGAGCUUCCAGCAUGCAAGCCACUGUUAACUCCUGGAAUCGUCAUUGGUGCUUUCUCGCUCAUCGGCGUCAUCUUCGUCCCAAUCGGCCUCGCUUCACUGGCUGCAUCACAGAAUAUUGUUGAGUUGAUAGAUCGGUAUGACGCCGAGUGCGUAUCCGCGAACGACAAGGUCGGGUUCAUUCAGGAUACCAAGACUGACAAAGCGUGCACAAGAAAGAUCACUGUGCCAAAGCCAAUGAAAGGGCCGAUACACAUAUAUUACCAGCUUGAAAAUUUCUAUCAGAAUCAUCGCCGGUACGUGAAGAGUCGCAACGACAAGCAGUUGCUGUACAAGGAUGCUGCGAGCACGAUAACAAACUGUGAGCCUGAAGCCAUCAGUGAAGACGGCGGCAAGCCCAUCGUGCCCUGCGGUCUCAUCGCUUGGAGCUUGUUCAACGACACCUACUCCUUCUCUCUCAACAAGAAGGCCGUCGAGGUGAACAAGAAGAACAUUGCCUGGGACAGCGACAAGAACAAAAAGUUUGGCAGCGAUGUUUUCCCCAGCAACUUCCAGAAAGGGGGACUGAUCGGCGGUGCUAAACUGAACGAGAAAAUACCACUGAGUGAGCAGGAGGACCUGAUUGUCUGGAUGAGAACAGCGGCCCUCCCGACGUUCAGGAAGCUGUACGGCAGGAUCGAGUCGGACAUGAUGGCGAGCGACGAGAUCACUGUGGUGAUCCAGAACAACUACAACACGUACAGCUUCGGGGGGACGAAGGCGCUGGUGCUGUCCACCACGUCGUGGAUCGGCGGCAGGAACAACUUCAUCGGCGUCGCGUACGUCGCCAUCGGCGGCAUCUGCCUCUUCCUCGCCAUGGGCUUCGUCAUCCUCUACGUGAUUAAGCCAAGGGCCCUUGGAGACCCUAACUACUUGUCAUGGAACAAAGAAAACCCAGACCAUCCAUACUGAUUGAAAGCCGCUGCUAGGUCCUAUGACUUUCAAAGCAGUCACUCCAAUCUUGAGUCUUGUGUAAUUGAUUCUUAGGACUUGUUUGGAAACACAAGAAAUUUUUCCUAUAUAUCCUUAUAUUUUUCCUAUAAAAUUGAACUGAUUCUCUGUAAUAUUUUUAUGAAUUUUUUGCGUUC